AUGAGAAGACAGAGGCUGUGGAAGGCGUCUUCAGCACAACGAACACUCUGCCUCAUUUGCGGGACGACUCGACUACCCGUACGGCAACUUAAUGUCAUUCAUAGACGAUGUCUCAACACCACACGAAGCCCCUAUCAAUCCGCCGCCACAGCUGCGCAAGCUGAGCCGUCUAGUUCUGAUGCGCCAGCACCACCACAGCCCAAGCAACAGUAUUCUUGGUCUGCCGAUUCCGGGUUGACUGCGGCGGAGCUCCGCGAGAAGGAGCAUCGCCGUAAGCAACGUCUGGAAGCUGAAGCCGCCCGCGAGAAAGAGCGUAUAGCGGAGUUGGAGCAGCGGCAUGGCGAGGAACAGAAGCGGCGAGAGGCUGCGAGAGUGCGGGCAGCAGAGGACGCGAGGAAGCGGAUUGCGGAGAUGGAGGCUGCGCGCGUGGAAGAAAGGAAGAAAGGCCUGGAGAGGAAGGAGAAAGAGCGAACAAUGAGAGCGGCAGAGUCAAGACAAAAAAGAGAGGAGGCGAGGCAGAAACGGGAGCAGGAGACUAGUAGGGGUUUGUUCUCUCAGCCGACGGCCGCGAUGAAGCAGAGGCAGGAGAAGCCGGAGAAGCAGAUGAAAAGUAUGGCAAUGCCGGCUUUUGGCGCUCCGAGUUCGACUGGUGGAGGUGGCAUGGCGGACGGUUGGGGUGCAGCGGCGGACGACAUUAAGCCGAUAGAGUAUGCGAAGGAGGUCCCUCAGGAGGCGAAACUGCAAGUCCAGCCAGAAGCGCCGAAAAGGGAAAUCGGAGAGGAUCCGUUCGCCGUCGACCAAGUACAGCAUCAGCAGGACCAGAAGCGCAUGCGGAGGCGCAGCCCUGGUGAGUACAAUGCGUCAUGUAACAGCCCUAAGCAGGACACGUUUUGGACAAGCCAGCAGUCAGACGGCUUCCAGCAGCAGGAUCGUGAUGUUGGACGGCAGCCUUCACGAGGCUCUUCUCCAUUCUACAGGCCAAACAACAACGGCAGACCGGCGGCUGGCCCCUAUCCUACAGAGUACCGUGUAACGCCAUUUAACCCGUCCGAGCACUCUGAGACCUUCACACCAGGAAUUGACGACUCACAAGCAGGAUCAUGGCAACACCUCUCUGGCCGGCGGUCAGCACCCGAAGAGUCCCACGAGCAACGGCAGCCACCACAACAGCAACAACCACGACGCCACUCGGACCCUUUUGCUAAUUCCCACGAGAUCGAACGAUCUUUCCGGGAGUACCAGCAACAGAGACGACCCUCUCGAAAUCAGCCACUUCGCCAAGGAUACGACAGAGUCUUCCAAACCCCACCGCCUGACCAGGGGUUUUCAGCUCGUAGGGGACCAAGGAAGUGCGCCCGGUGUCUCGAGGUCGGACACAUAGCCAAGGAUUGCACUGGGCCUGUUCGCGCGACCUGCAUCGUUUGUGGACAAGUCGGACAUUUCAAAAGCAACUGCCCGAAAGUCCACCCCAGUCUUCGAUCCAAGGAGCCUCAGGCUUGGGGAGGUGAAGGGGGUGGCUUUAAAGGUGUGAGGGCUGUUGGUAGUACUGCCGCUCAGUCGUUUGGUCAAGCGCCUGCGCGAGAUGCGGAGGCAAGCUUGAGAGACGAAGCAAGGGCAAAUCAUGACCACCUGAUGGCCUCGAACUCUGGGCGAAAGGAACCGCCUGUCAGAAUGGAGUAUCGGGACGCGCCUGCGGGCGAGAGGCCCACCCGCGGGGAGUUUGCUGAUGAGCCUCCCAGCGAGAGACCCACUCGCAGGCAGUAUGAGGAGCCAGACGAAGAGGAAGAAGCUACAAUCGCUCGCCGGGCGAAGCGUAGCGCAAGAGGUUUCGAGGACGCUGCGGCGGAGUCUGCCGAGCAAGACCAUCGCAAAGACCGUAAAGCCGGUCGGAAAUCAUUCGCGCGUCAAGACGAAGAAGAAGACGAGGAAGCAGCUCUGCGUCGUGAAGAGCGCGCCGCUAUGCGUGCAGCACGAAAAGCCGAACGCAAAGCCAGGCAAGCGGAGCAGACUGCUCAAAUCCAACUGCCCGAAUUCAUCUCGGUUCAGAAUCUUGCUCAAACUCUCGGCGUGCGCUACGAGUCCUUCGUUGCACGCCUGGCGGAUCUAGGCUACGAAGACCUCUUCCCAGGCAAAGUAUUCAAUUCGGAAAUGAGCGGCAUGGUAGCGAUGGAGUACAACUACGACCCCAUCUUCGAAUCCUCCACCGAGGGCGAAGACCACUCCCGCGACCUCCACCCGCAACCCGUGCCCGAACCCGGCCGCGUCGAGCGCGAGUCCUGGCAACCCCGACCUCCGGUCGUCACAAUCAUGGGCCAUGUCGACCACGGCAAAACCACCAUCCUCGACUACCUCCGCCACUCCUCUGUCGCAGCGGGCGAAGCAGGCGGCAUCACCCAGCACAUCGGCGCCUUCUCCGUUCCCAUGACCAUGUCCCCCGACUCGUCCUACAAAGCCAAAGACGUCAAAACCAUCACUUUCCUCGACACACCCGGCCAUGCCGCUUUUCUUUCCAUGCGCCAGCGCGGCGCCAAUGUGACUGACAUUGUCAUUUUGGUUGUCGCGGCCGACGAUAGCGUGAAGCCGCAGACGCUGGAGUCGCUGCGAUGUGCGAGGGAAGCGCAGGUGCCGAUUUUGGUGGCGGUGAAUAAGGUCGAUAAGGAGGGUGCGGACGUGCAGAGGGUGAAGCAGGAUUUGGCGAGGAAUGGAGUGGAGAUUGAGGAUUAUGGAGGUGAGGUGCAGGUUGUGGAGGUUAGUGGGAAGACGGGACAAGGGAUGGAAGGGCUAGAAGAGGCGGUGGUUACGCUAUCUGAGAUUUUGGAUCAGAGGGCUGAUAUCGGCGGUGGAGUGGAGGGGUGGGUGCUAGAAGCCACGACGAAAGCGCACGGCCGCGUCGCCACCGUGCUCGUGAAGCGCGGCACCCUGAAACCCGGCUCCGUGCUCGUGGCUGGUAAGACGUGGGCUCGGGUCAAGACGCUGCGCAACGAGCGCGGCGAGGUCGUUGACAGCGUCGGCCCCGGCUUACCCGUCGAAGUCGACGGCUGGCGCGAGCAGGCUUCCGCGGGGGAUAUGGUGCUGCAAGCCCCCUCGGAGCAGAAAGCCGGCAGCGUCGUCGAAUACCGCGUCGAGAAAGCCGAGCGCGAGAGGAUGGAAGUUGAUAUGGAAGCCAUCAACACCGCGCGUCGGGCUGAGCAGGCGCGCAAAGCCGCCUCUGCCAAAUCGAGCCGCUUCGCUGCUUACGCUGACGCUAUCGAGGGCCUACCCGAAGAAGAAGAAGAAGCCGCCGCCGCCGCGAAGCCCUCCGCCUCCUCUGAAGAGAAAGAAGAGCAAGGCCAACUCACCAUCCCCUUCCUCCUCAAAUCCGAUGUCUCCGGCUCCGCCGAGGCUGUCGCCGCCUACAUCCCCUCCCUCACGACGCCCUUAAUCGCGCCACAAAUCCUCUCCUCCACCGUCGGCCCCGUGCACGAAUCGGACGUCGACUUGGCGGCUGCGGCGGGGGGCCACAUCAUCGCGUUCAACCUCCCGGCGAACGAGGGAAUGAAAGCGGUAGCGGAGAGUAGGGGGGUGAAGGUGCUGGAGAAUAAUGUCAUCUACCGCGUGUUGGAUGAUGUGAAGGCGGUGUUGGAGGAGAGGCUGCCGCCGGUUGUGACGCAAAGGGUGCUCGGGGAGGCGGAAGUCGGGGCGGCUUUUGAUAUUGGGUUGGGGGGGAAGAAGACGCUGAAGAUUGCUGGGUGUAAGGUGCGGAAUGGGGUUGUGGGGUUGAAGGUUAGGGCGAGGGUGAGUAGGGGUGGGGAGAGGGUUUAUGAUGGUAUCAUCACCUCGCUGAAGAACGUGAAGAAAGAUGUCCAAGAGAUGCGGAAGGGGACGGAGUGCGGGAUGGGCUUUGAAGGGUGGGAAGGGUUUGAGGUGGGGGACUUGGUGCAGUGUUAUGAGGAGGUUAGUGAGAAGAGGCGGUUGUAG